CCAAGAAGAGGAAACCUUUGCAACCCUUCCUCUCAGAAGAAUGUAUUUUUUGGUGAUCCUGACUUUUCUAGGACGAAUUACUGGUGAGACUUUCUUUCAUCAUUAUGAAAAUGGAAAUUUCACACUUACGUGCAAUGAAACAGUGGCUAAUGGGAAGAAGGAAACAGUUUGGUAUGAAAGUCGAGAAUCUCUGCAUGAAUUCCAAAUAAGGAGAUAUUUGAGACCAUUCCUGCAAAAUCACACGAUAAAUCAUUUAGUACAAGAAGAAAGAAGUAACAUCACUCUCUCUUGUGAAUUUCAAAUGAAGCCCUCAGGACAAACAUUUCUUAUAUAUUGGAUCAAAUAUACAGAAACAAGCAAAUGCCUGUCUUCUGUUCAGAGAAAGGAACAUAAUUUCUCGUAUAAUACACAUUGCUGUAUUGAUGAGAUGAUCAAAGGACGACUAUUGACCUAUACAAGCUUAGAUUCAAAUGAGAGACAUGUAGUCCAUAAUAUGACCAUCUUGAAUGUUACUUACUCUGACAGUGGAACUUAUUUAUGUGUUGUAAAUGCCUGGUCAAGAGGUAAACAUGUGUGGAAGAUUGCAAAUAACCUUUCUAUAGAAGUGAGGAAUCAAGCCAUUCCAUCCUCUGCUUCCUCUGCUUCCAUUCCAUUGUAUGCCACCACUGGAUUGAUCGUAGGGAUUAUUAUCAUCAGUGGGAUAGCAUGGUUGAUCUAUAAAAAGAAAAUCAAAUCAAAAGGAAAGCCAUCUGCACAACUUCCCAGGUACGGCCUUGAAUGGACAUAA